AUGUCUUCAACUAGGUCCAUUGAGUGCAUAUUGACGAAGCACCAAGACCUCCUUCUGUCCCUACGGCUUCCUGACCUUCUUACUUCGCCUUCAGAACCCCUUGAAUCCAAAAAAAUACCAUACGUCACCCAUCUAGAAUUGCUAUCGAUUGCCAACGAUUUGCCUAUUAUCCGCAAAAACCUCCAAAAAUACACAAAACACCGCAAAUAUAACGAGCUUACCGACGCAGUAUGCCACAUACAAAACACCGUGGACGAAUAUUUGUUCGUUAAUGAACAACUCAUGAAUAAGUUCGACGCUGCAAGAGCAGUUCCCACGCCUCGAUUAUCAGAGGAACCUCAAUCAGGAGACGAACACGAUCCCACCAAACUUUCUCACGAUGCUAACGAUGAUUUGUCCUUGUUGAGACAGCGUUUACUAGCUGGAGGUACACAUACUUCUUUCGAUGAUGAGGCACCAAAUAUCAAUAAAGCUAACGAGUACCAUGAGUCCAUCCAAGAGGAUAUAAUGAGUGAAUUGACGGGACUAGCUUCGUCGCUUCGCGAGUCUGCUAUUUCGUUCUCUGCGAAACUUGCAGACGAUAACAAAGCGUUGGAUAAAACCAGUGAUGCGAUGUACAAGAACGAGACAAUGAUGCGCCAAGUAGGGAACAAUCUCAACAAUUAUGUUACAAACAAAACUGGCGGAAAAAUCUCCUUUUGGUUUCUUCUCAAGCUAACCUUGGUGGUGUACGCUGUUUUCUUUGGAAUGGUUAUCAUUGUUAAAAUAUUUCCUAAAUUAUGA